GGACCGGAGACGGAGAUAGUCGCUACGCCACGAAUGAGUAAACACCAAAGUAAACAAACACAUGUGCAUUUCGAAACAUUAUUGAUAUCGUUUGCAGUCAUGAUAUAAAUACAUUUACUGAAACUACUUUAAGUUUAAGAGUAACAAGUAACACAUAAGGCUAACAACAUGACAACAGAAGAUGAUGCUCGUAAAGCUCGUAAAGCUGCUAUUGAGAGAUACAAGAUUGUUGCAGGCCUCUUGGGGCUGCUGUCAAUGACCUUGCUUAUAAUUGGCCUUAUUUCCGCAAUAAAGUAUCCAGACAAUGGGAAGUUCAACCCUCCUUACUUCAUUGGCGGAUUUACUGGGGGAUUUCUGGGUCUGCUACAAGCUCUGUUGUGCUCAUGCAUUGUUGUUAAAGGACCGAAUAGCCAGGAAAAUGAGAGUACAAAGAAAGAACUAGGUUGCGUGAUGACUGGUCAGUACAUUUUGUCCUUUUUCCUCGUGAUUGGUUGCUUUGUGGGCCUCUUCCUGGCAGGAAUCGGAGGUUUGUCGAUUUUCUAUGACGAAGUUCCAUAUCAAGGUACGAUCAAAGGACUGUCUGCAACAAUUUUAGUCGGCUGUAUACUGGAGAUGGCUCUGGGUAUUUUUGGAUUUUAUGUCAUCUGCGCUUAUGGCAAAUAUUUUGGUUAUCACAUUGUUAGUAAUAACCGUCGUGCUGUUAUAAUUAUAAAACAGCCUAACAGCAUAGGCACUGCUCAAGUGAUGACAAACACGAGUGCUUUUGUAUUAAACGAUCCUUAUAUGUUCACUGCUGGGGGAGGUUUCAACAAUGCAGGAACAACAAAUGCCAAUGUUCAAGCCCUCCAAGAACAAAACAGACUUCUGCAAGAGCAACUUCGCCUUCAACAGGAACUAAAUCAACAACGAAAUCAACCGUUUGGUUUCGAAGGACAACCGGCACCACCACCUUCAUAUGGACAUUAUAGUUAAUAUGAUGCUCGAUCUGCUCCUUCUUGCAGCUGCGACGAGGCUUUUUGACAAUCCAAUUUAAUCAGAUUCGUUGUAUUAAUAAAUAAACAUUUACACUUUUUUAUUGCUAGUAUUUAAAUGUCUGUGAUAUUUUUUUUAGUUUGUUACUGUUGCUAUAUAUGUUAUACUGGAAAAAAUAAUGAAAGUUUAUGUGGCAAAAUGAAGUUGUAUGCACAAGUGAUAAUUUAAAUAAAUUUUAUAAGUUA